AAGUGUUCUUAAGAGCUCCCUUUCAGCCUUUAGAAUUGGCCAGAGCAACCCGCCGAGCAACAUGGAGGCCCUGGAAGUAUUUAAUCAGGGAGAUGUGCCCAUGUGGGUGUCACACGGCAGAGAUUCAGGCACAUGCAGGUAGACAGUAUCGAGAAUCUGCUGUGUGCCUUCAGAGACUUGGAAAGAUCGUAUCAUUUUAAAUAUGGAGGACGUGCUUUGUGACUUGGAUCAGGACGGCACUACUGAUUAUGCAUUUUGGGGACAAAUGGACCAAAACUUCCAGUUCCAGAGCCAGCUAGAUACGUUCCUGCUGGACUACAACUCCGCUGGCCAGCUCUCACCCUGGUCCAACUUCGGCAGUCAGUCCAUGUUUCCGGACGCACAGCUGACCUUAACCGACCUCGACAUGCAGUCUCCGGGGGAAGACGCGUGCGCUGAAGGGGAAACGUCCUCCAUGGACGACCCCCUGGAGGUGACCAAGCACAGGGCGCGGCGCCUCUCUUCUCACCCGCCCUAUAAGGUGCAGCGGCACGCGGCCAACAUCCGCGAGAGGAAGAGGAUGCUGAGCAUCAACUCCGCCUUCGAGGAGCUGCGCUGCCACGUGCCCACCUUCCCCUACGAGAAGCGGCUGUCCAAGAUAGACACCCUGAGGCUCGCCAUCGCCUAUAUCGCCCUGCUGAGGGAGAUCCUCGUGUCGGGCUGCGACCCCAAGUCCUACGUAGACGACUGCAUGAAGAGUGGCUACAAGAAUCACACCAACGCCAUCUGGAACACAAGCGACCUGACAGCCCGCCUCUCUUGGAUAAAGUGGGAUUAACUGAGGAACAUGGGGGCGCCCUGAGAGGGGAGAUGGCAGCGGGGGGAGGUUCAGAUUGGUUUCUCUGUCCCUCUCUGUCUACAUGUCAAAGAAAGGCGUUCGUCCCGUAUGACCGACAUCUGCAGACUUCUCAUCGGGUCACACACCUCAGGCUUUUCUAAAACCUCACCCCCCGUCCUCCGUGGCUUUUAAUAUUCUAAUUUCUUGUUGACUGGUUAAUUGAGAGCCAUUGUUUCUGAGGCCAGGGGGGGGGGAGAGGGUGGGCAUUGUUUGCCCAAAUAGAUGGCACUUGUUCCAGCGGGAGAGGGGCACACUGGCAUGAGGCUGAAUGGACUUCCUGAGGGCUCAUACUUCUGCAUGAAGCAACUGAAGUGUUUUCUGGACUCGCGCUCAUUAGUGUGCGAGGCAAUGUGUUAAAAAGAGCCUUGAUCAUGUAAAUGAGACAAUGGGCGUGAGAAGCAGAUCAGCGCGAUGUGUUUUAGCAUGUCAGGUGCAAACAUGGCAAUAAGGCUAUAGUGUUUCAUGUGAAAACUCUAUAAUCUCUUGUUUUAUUUAUUUAUGUAUUUAUUCCUUAUUUUGUGUAUUUAUGACAAAUACUUUUUCGGACACGUAUUUUUUAACAUAUGUCUAUUAUUUAAUUUCUUUUUAUUGUGAUUUAUUGUACAUUUUAAGCUAUUUCAUGCUAUGUAAAAGUGUAUUUAUUUCUUAAAUGGA